ACUUUGAGGUUAGCCUUUCCCUUUUUUUUAGUAGUGAGACAGAGAUAUGUGUAGCCUGAUUUUACCUAGUUCGUGUUAAGUUACCAGAUGUUUUCCUUUUCCUUUCUUCUAUGCUGAUUAACUUAGAAGAGAAGAACGAUGAUAAAAAAAGUGUCCUACUGGAAAGAAAAGAAUGCGAAAAUCAAGUCAUCGACAUAAAUUUAAUUUGUGCCAAUCUGCUAUUCAAAUAUAUUUUGUAUAGUAAUAGAUUUCAGUUAAUAAUAUCGCGAUCAUAUCCAAAGUUACAGUAGAAGCUAUGCUUUUUUAUAGUUCGAUUUCGUAGAACAACAGUUUUAAAUAUAGAUUUUUCUUGAUAUAGAAAACACUGUAAGGUAGAAUUUUAUCGAAAUUAUUACGUACGAUAUAGUUCUUUGUAAUUGUGCUUAUCUCAAAUCGUUAGCUCUUUCUAUUCUUGAAUUGUUGCAAAAAAAAAUUAAGCCAUUGUCGUUAUGUAUCUAGAUAGAUAGUAUCUAUUUCGUAAUGUUUCAAUACAUUGAUAUAUCAAAUCACAGAAAGGAAAAAGAAUCUCACAUUAUUCCAUAGAAGAAAGAAAGAGUGUGCAUAACGGGCAUGAUAUCAGCAUUGUUUAUACUAUCUGUAUUAACGGCUGUUGUCUAUCUGAUUGACAGAAGAAAAUAUGUAUCGUACCAUUCACAAACAUUCAUAAGACAAUUCAAUAGGAUAUGAGAAUGAUCUUUUCUUUAGUAAUUUUCUGCUGUACUGUUAUACAAGUAAAUGCUAUUUUGGAAAAUGUUUUUUGUACAUUACCAUCAUCGGAUGAGUUAAUAAUUCAAAAUAUUCCAACAACAUUUGAAUUAAAUGUACCUUAUACAAUUAUUCUAUCUUCGAAUAAUACAUCUUUAUUAUCCUACGUAACACUCGAUAUCGAAUAUAUUGAUACAAUUUUAAAUAUAAAUAAUGAUUCUUUUUGUUUUCCAACAAAUGAAUCAUCUUCAUCAUAUAUUUACAAGACAAAAUUUAUAUUAAAAUUUGAAAAAAAUUCAACAAAAACAAAUUGUAUUCAAUUAAAACUACAUAGCUAUACAAAUUCAACAGAAGUGGUAAUAGCUAGUCUUUGUACAAAUAGUAGUACAGAUAAAAUAUUUGAUAAUGAUGAUAAAUAUGAUGUACAAUCUUAUAUGAGAACAAUUAAUACUACUGAAAUAGCACUUCUAGAUAAUUUCAAGUACGCAACUAUUAUUUUUCUAUUCAUAGUAAAUAUAACUAUCUAUUUAUUUAGUUGGUUAAUUUUUGUACCACAUGUACGAGAAAUCUGGUAUUAA